AUCACGAGAACAGCUGAGUGCCAAUGAAAGAAUUAUAUGUGAGGUUGAUCAUACAAGUCCGACAGAAUGUUUAUUGUACUAAGCGAGUAAGCUUCAUCCUUUUAUUGUCACUAGGAAGGGUAAUUUUACCGAGUUUUCUUUCAUACAACGGCAACGAUGAACGACUAAACAGUGAAAAUGACGGACAUGCCGAACAUCUGUAUCUAAAUUCAGCCUCACCUGUCAGCUUUUAUUGAACUAAAUUUAAUCGCUUAAGCAUAUAUCGCGAGUGUUAUAUGGUGUGGACUAAAUUUAGAGUGUAUCAAAAUGGCAAAAAGCGAAAAGGAAGAGCUGUCAUUAUCAAAUGAAGAUACAGAAGACGACUCUCUUGAUUCCGAAGAAACUACAUUUUCACCACCAGAUGGCGGCUGGGGAUGGGUAGUGGUUUUUUCAUCAUUCAUGAUCCAUGUUCUAGCCGAUGGCGUUACAUACACAUUUGGAAUCUUCUAUGUGGAAUUUUUGAAAUAUUUUCAUGAAAACAAAGGAGUGACAGCAUGGGUUGCUUCAAUAAUGGUCGGCGUAUCUUUUACUGUAGGCCCCAUAGCAAGUGCUCUCACCAAGAAAUAUGGCUGUCGAGUUGUGACCAUCGCUGGAUCUAUCUUAGCAUCUUUUGGCCUCUUUAUUAGUAUAUUUUCCCCGAAUAUAACGUAUUUGUAUUUUACCAUUGGUAUAUGCACAGGAACUGGAAUAGGUCUGAUGUAUCUUCCAGCCAUUGUUUGUGUCACUUUCUAUUUUGAUAAAAAACGUGCCUUUGCUACUGGAAUUGCUGUCUGUGGUUCAGGAUUUGGAACUUUUGCUCUAGCUCCACUAACGGAUUGGUUAGUAGAUUAUUAUGGGUGGAAAGGUGCAAUGAUGAUUGUAUCUGGUAUACUACUCAAUGGCAUUGUUUUUGGAGCACUUUAUAGGCCCUUGCAAGUAAGCAAACCAUCUAAAAAAAGUCACACUGAAAUUCAUAUUUCGCAGUCCAAGCCAAAAAAGCUUUGUAAUGAAGCUAAAGUUGAAACUUACAAUAAAAGAGCAAAUACAUUUUGUUUGAAAGAGAGACAUGUGAUGAAUGUUGACAACACUACACUGAAACCUUUUCAAUCCUAUCCAGACUUGUUAUUUGGAAACAACUUUCACUUAAAGAGGGACUUCGCAGCAAACCGUAGAAACAGUACUCUUUCGGUUGUAGAUUCAUCAUCACCAGACAACGGUAAUCCCCACCACCAUCGUCAUAAAGAAAUUUUAUACCAUAAAGAUACUUUUUACAGUGCAAGUCUUGUGAACUUUCCUGAAUUACAGUCAUCUCCAGUAGCACACACUACAAGUAUUAUAUCUAUCUCUAAAGAAUUUCAUCAAGAAAAGGAACGGAAAAUACUUAGGUACUUUCACUGUUCUAAGGAGAUGAGAGAUGCCUUACAUGAAAUGGUAGACUUUUGUCUUCUGAAAGAUAUCGUUUUUCUGCUGUUUGGACUUUCCAACUUUUUUACCAGCAUAGGAUUCAAUGUUCCUUAUUUGUACAUCAAAGCUAGAGCUAUGGAAAUGGGCAUUGCAGAAGAUGAAAAUGCUAGCUUUCUUCUCUCUGUGAUUGGAAUUACCAAUACUGCAAGUCGAGUAAUCUUUGGAUAUCUGUCUGACAAGAACUGGAUGAACAGGUUAUGGUUGUACAGCUACAGUCUAAUAAUCUGUGGUAUUUCAACUGCUUCGAGUUCUUUGUGUAACACUUAUAUAUUGAUGGCUGUUUAUGCUGCAACAUUUGGUGCUACAACAGGUGCCUAUAUUAGUCUUACUUCUGUCAUCUUAGUGGAUCUUCUUGGGUUGGAUACGAUGACAAGCACUUUUGGUUUGCUUCUGGUUUUUAUAGGAGUUGCCUGUCUUCUAGGUCCUCCAAUAACUGGUUGGCUAUAUGAUGCAACAGGAUCGUACGAUCCAGGUUUUUAUGUCUCGGGAGCUGUGAUAGCCAUAAGUGGAAUGAUGAUGUUUUGUUUACCAUAUGUUCAAAGGUUGCAGAGUCAUUCAACCAAAUCAAGUGGCCAAGUACAGAGAUUUCAAGAAGUUCCCACAGCUGUUUAAUACACAAUUAAUUAAUAGUAAUAACAAUACAAAUAUUUCAUUGUAAAAUGUGCAUGUCCAAGCACAGCCGUGCUACCUCUAACAUAGCUUGUCAAAUCAGACUAAUGAAUGUUUCAACUCUUAUCAUAAUAAGAAAUUUUAUGAUUUUGCAAAAUUUUUAGGAAAAUUUUUUUUUCUCUCAAAAAUUAACUAUAAAAUAAAAAUGAUCUGAACAGAUGUGCAAGUUUGUUUAGACAAUUUCAAUAUUAUGGUAUUGAACAACAUUCAAGUGAACUUUUAAAAGAAAACAGUAAAGUGAUCAAUUUUUCUUAAAAUACUGGUAUCUUUUAGAAUUUUGGAAGCAUACAAAUAUGCAGUAUUUGUAGUAAACUUUAAAAUAAUCAUACUCCAGAGUUUUUUUUAAAAAGCUUUUUAACAUUGUACAACUUAGGAUCAAACUUGACAAAAAAUACAUGUUCUCACUAUUUACUGUAAGUUUGCUUUUGUUUUGACUACUCUUAAGUUUAACAACUAAAUAUGAAAAAUACUGUCUGAAAAAAUAUUCAGAAUCAUAGUGAAAUGAAAACAAUUCUAUGUUGAUGGAUUAUAAGAAAAUAUAUAUCAUUUCAUAUACUGUACAACAUCAUACCUGAACAAAACAGCAGUGUUUUUUUUAACCAUACUUAGUAUAUGUUACACAAUUUAAAUAUAUUUUACUUAUUACAUGUGAGCAAUAAAAAGUGUAUUAUUCUUGUAAGAUCUUUCUGUCAGUAAAUAUUUACAUUUUGAAGCUAAACUUCUCAGUUUACUUAACAUAUUUUCUUUCAUUUCCUGGACACUUCUUCUGAUUAAUAGUAACACUGCUUUUUCGUUUUUAACAAAAAAGGUUGUAACAAACAUGAUUACAUGCUGCCAUAAUAAUUGUACUAAGUUAGAGAGUUAUAUCAGCAUCAGUUUUAUGAAGAAACCGAUUAUUUAAAUAGGGAUGUAGAAUAUUUUAAAACCUCCCCUUGUUAAAGGGUAAAUAAAUUUGUGAGUUUCAUUAGCUUCAUAAAUUUUUUAAUUAUUAUUUGAAACACUAUAUACAAACUGAAGACAUUAUACAUUUGUCCUUUAUGUUCGCUCAACUCGGUAUAUCUAUGCCAUAACAGAUUCUGAAUAUCUUUAAUAGAAUUUUAUGUAUUUUUGUAAGUUUCUAAUAGUAAUAUUUUUGUUGAACAUUAACCCAUGAUGAAAAGCUGUUGAUGCAAAAGUUUAUGAUCAGAAGAAUAGUUUCUUAUAUAUAUAUAUUAUAUACUCCAGCUUGUUGCAGCGAGAGACUUAUUAGUAUGCAAUGUAGCACCUUAGCCUCUUUGAUAAAACCUAAGUGUAGAUAGAAACGUUACAGAUGUACACUUGAAAUACCAUACUUGGAGAUUCCACAAUUAUUGAUAACCUUCAACACUCAAUAACAGUCGAUCGUCUUAUUUGAUACAGAAAGUGUUCCAGUAGAUGUAUUGCAAUACUCUCUUGAAAAUAUUGUAAAACAAGUUCAAAAUACAAUAUCCAGUGCAUAUAAAUGUUUUACAGUCUAAGAAAUCUUUAGGAUGAGUAAUAUAAGCCAAUAUGUCUGUUUACAAGGAUUAGUCUCUUUAGUAAUCUAAACUUAUUCAGCAAAUUUCAGCUUGUGCCGAAGCAGUGAUUUGAUUAUGAGAACUGAACUGGGCUGUCUUCUUUGGGUAAUUGCACAUAACACUUUAAAUUAUUGGUUACAACCUUAAAAGAGCAUAUCUCUAUCAAGUAAAAUUUUAAUUUUACAGUAGCUUGAAUUAGAAUUGUAGUUGUAUUUUCUAAUAUAUUAAAUUGUUAUUAUUCUGAAACAGAUGACUAGAUGAUGUUAAAAC